AUGGCUGUUCUAAGCAAAGGCCUACCACCUGGGCCCCCAACUAUACCAAUCCUAGGGAAUCUUCACCAGCUUCCCAAAACGGGCGCAUUUUUAAAGUUCACCGAAUGGGCUCGAAAGUAUGGAGGAGUCUACUCAUUCAAGAUCGGAAACAGUACGACAAUUGUCCUCACCGAUCGGAAAUUGGUCCGUGAAGUGGUAGACAAGCGCGGCGCAAAAUAUAGCUAUCGCCCGCCAUCUUAUGUGUCGCACGACCUAAUCACAAAGGGUGACCAUAUCCUGGUCAUGCAAUAUGGUACACUGUGGCGACUUUUCAGAAAGAUUGCCCACCAGUAUUUCACAGAAUCAAUCGUUGAGAAAGAGUAUGUUCCUAUCCAGGAAGCAGAAGCCGUGCAGAUGAUACGCGACCUUUGUCUGCAACCGGAUCAACAUAUGAUGCAUCCAAGGAGGUUCAGCAAUAGCGUGAUCAUGAGUCUUAUUUUCGGUAUUCGUACUGCGAAGAUAGAUACACCCCACAUGCUUCGUUUAUACCAUCUUUUGGAAAACUGGGUCCAAGUCAUGGAGCCCGGCGCGACGCCACCAGUCGACAUCUUUCCCAUUUUCCGCUGGCUACCAGAACGCUUGUAUGGUAACUGGGAAACAACCGCAAAGGGAGUAGGGUCGGAUAUGGACUCUCUAUAUGGAUCUCUCCUGCAAAAGGCUAAAAAUCGCCGAAAAUCACUUGGUUCCCAUAAGCCCAGCUUGAUGGAUAGCGUACUGGAUCAAAACGAGAAACUGGGUUUGAACGAGCAUCAGAUGGCCUUUCUUGGUGGUGUUCUGGUUGAAGGAGGCUCUGAUACCACCGCGUCAGUUAUUCUUUCCUUUAUCCACGCAUUGACCAAAUGGCCCGAAGUUUUGAAAAAAGCGCAAGCCGAGGUGGAUACCGUCAUUGGGGAAGAUCGAUCACCAGUCUGGAAAGACUAUAAUCGUCUACCGUAUAUUGCGACGAUUGUCAAAGAAGCAAUGCGUUGGCGACCUGCUGUUCCUCUUGCUUUCCCACAUGCUGUCAAUGAAGAUGACUGGAUUGACGGAUACUUUAUUCCGAAAGGUUCAACUGUUGUAAUCAACGUGUGGGGUCUACACCACGACCCGGAACACUUUGCGAACCCAGAUGUCUUCGACCCGGAUCACUUCAAAGGGCAAACAGCAUUAGCACCAGAGCUUGCAGCCUCCAUUGACUCCUCUAAGCGGGAUCACUAUGGCUACGGAUCUGGUCGACGUAUUUGUGGAGGAAUGCAUGUUGCUGAGAGGAAUCUCUGGCUUGCGAUUGCGAAAAUAGUAUGGGCAUUUGAUAUCAGCGCCGGAGUGGAUGAGAAGACUGGGUUACCAAUCAUACCAGAUGUGAAUCCACAGACCGGAUACAAAGAAGGCUUGGUCUUGACUGCGAGGCCGUUUUCAUGCGACAUCUCGGUGAGAUCUGAGGCAAGGAGGGCAACUAUCCUGCAAGAAUUUGAGAAAGCUGAAAGGGAUAUUUUCUCACAGUUCGAAAGCUGA